AUGGAGACGGAGAUCACCAUCCUUCAGAUGCUGGACCAUCCGAACUUGAUCAAAUACCACACGCACUUCGGGCACCAUGGGGACCUCUUCCUCGUCAUGGAGCUGGCUUCAGGCGGGACCCUGGCCAACAAAAUCGACCAGGUCAAAGAGCAAGAGAAACGAAUUGAAGAGCACUUCCUCUGGAGAUGGCUGUGUGAUGUCGCAAGUGCUCUUGCGUAUUUACAUAAGCGCCGUGUUCUCCACCGAGACAUAAAGCCUUCGCACAUCUUCAUCUUCCAGAAUGGCUUGCAGGCCAAGCUGGGCGACUUCGGCCUCUCCAAGGCUUUCUCGGACACAACGCAGUGUGCCAUGUCCUGCGUGGGCACCCCGCUGUACAUGGCACCAGAAAUCGUCCGUGGAGAGCCUUACUCUUACGGCUCAGACAUUUGGAGCCUGGGAUGUUCCCUCUACGAGAUGGCAGCCCUCGUGCAGCCCUUCACGCGCAGUGACAUGGACUUCGUGGCUCUGGGUCAUGCAAUCACCAAUGCGGAGUACCCAGACCUGCCACCGGAAGUUUGGUCCACCGACUUUAUCAACAUGGUCUCAAAGAUCUUGACGGUGGAUCCGCUGCACCGCCCUUCUGCACAGACUGUUCUGGACCUGGCCGCAUGCAAGCUGGUUUCACGCAUUCAGGACUUUCAGAUCAUUGGCAGCAUCGGUCGAGGGCAGUUCUCAGAAGUCCACCGAGCUCUAUGGAAAUCCAGCGGGGAACGUGAAGUGGCCUUGAAGCGAAUCCAGAUCUACGAGAUGGACGAUGAUGCCCGGAGCGAAGUGUAUGCCGAAGCUAACCCUCAGUUCGGGCCGGCGUCCAUGGAUCCCCUGUGGAUCUUGGAUUAG